AUGUCUUUUGUUCCUUUUACUGGAGUCAACCACCACCACCAAUCAAGGAUGUUCGGAUGUGCUUUACUUGUGAACGAGACUGCUGAAUCGUAUAUAUGGUACUACCAAAUACUAUGCAUCGUCUAUGUAUGUGGCAUAUCUUACAAAAGGUUCCGGAACAUUUGGCAUGUUUUCAACAAGUAUCCAACGUUUCAAAAAGAAUUUCGCCAUUGCAUUCAAGAUACAAUCACAAUAGAUCAGUUUGAAAUGGAAUGGAAUCAAUUGAUUUUGAACUAUGAGUUAACAGAGAAUGAUUGGUCGAGAGAUUUAUACCGGCGGCAGGAAAAAUGGAUUCCCGCAUACUUACGGACCAUGUUUUGUGUGGAGUUGUCUACGACUCAAAGAAGUGAUAGUAUGAAUAAAUUCUUCAAGGAUUUUGUGCAUUCAAGUAUGUUGGUAAGUGACUUCGUUUAUCAGUAUGAGAAAGCGUUGGACAAAAGAUAUCAGAGCAAGAAGGAAAAAGAUGUGAAAAUGAGAACCACAAAAGCAAUUCUAAAGACAUGUUACAAAAUGGAGGUCCAAUUUUGUGAGGAUGGAACAACAAAGACAUCUAACGUGGUGGCCUAUGGGCAAGAAAACCUUGUCUAUGAGGUAGUUUUUGAUAUUGUGGAAAAGAAAGCAGUUUGUUCAUGCCAUAAGUUUGGAUUUAUUGGAAUUCUUUGCCGGCACAUUCUCGCCUUGUUCGCUAAAAAGUCCCUUGCUAGUCAUCUCCCCGAGUAUUAUAUUCUUCAAAGAUGGACUAUAAAUGCAAAGAGUCAUGUUGCCAAUGAGAUUUCUCCUACUUUGAUGAGUCAAGUAACACUACAAGAAGGAUCAAAAAGCUCCUCUACAUUGACUAAGCACAACCUGAUGAUAGAGGUCUUGAAAGUUGUUGAAGAGAGGCAAAAAUCACAAAAGAAACAUGAUCAUUUAAUUAGCCCUUGUUUUAUAGAAGGUGCACUGUGA